GUAAAUAAGAAGAGAAUUUCAACAGGACAAGAGCCCCUCUUAGAUAUGACUUGAAUAUGUACUUGUUUUUUCUUCUUACUAGCACAGAUUGUAUUAUCAAAUUCUGAUUAUUUCAUCUCUGCGAAGGACAGCCAUCCCCGACAGUUCACCGAUAAUGACUAAGCAGUUUAAGCAGUUACAGUCAUAUGUGAGUGAGACGCCACAGUGACAUCAGCUUGUCCUUAGGAGUUGGAAUUUGCGUUUACAGUUACAGUUUGAGGAGCAUGGCCAACCGGUUCUUCGAGGGAGCAGCUCACGCCGCUGUCUAUGCCAAAUUCAGACCCAGACCUCCCACAUCGCUAGCGGAACGGAUUGUAUCCUUUGCGAAAGAAACAAUUUUUAUGAGUAAAAAUGGCAUCAAAAAGACUAACGGUAGUCAAGGAGAAACCCUGAAGGCUGCAGCUGAUGUAGGUUGUGGAUCAGGUCAGAGCACCGAGAUUCUGAGCCCUUAUGUGGAGGCUGUGACAGGCCUCGAUGUUUCGGAAGCCCAAGUCCUGGAAGCAAGGAAACUGAACAAGUAUCCUAAUGUCUCAUACAAGGUGAGUCCCGCAGAAACACUGCCCUUCUCUGACAAGAGCUUGUCCCUGGUCACGUCCUGCCAGGCAUGCCACUGGUUUGACAUGCCUGCCUUCUAUAAAGAAGUUGAUCGUAUUCUUGUGCCUGGUGGAGUAUUAGCAUUGUAUGGAUACCUCUUCCCGAAACCAAUUCAUGAGAGUUUUGGAGAUGAGCUGUAUAGCCUAAUAGACCAUUUGUAUAAAGAGCAACUGAAAGACUAUGUACACCAAGGGAGCAAGGAGGUCUACCUUGGAAAGUAUGAAGAUGAAAAAUACACUAUGAUAUAUAAUGAUCAGUUGAGAGAUGAGAGUCAUUAUGUAGACAAGACGGCCACCGUUGCUGAGCUCACAGGAUACCUCACCAGCUGGUCAGGCUUCCAGAACUUCCGUGCCAAAAAUGGAGACGAGGCUGCCCAGAAGAUUCUGGAGAACUUCCAAGACAAGUUCAUAAAAACUCUUAAAGUGUCAACAACACCAGAGGAGACUUCUAUCCCCUUGAGAUUCCACUACUUCUUGCUUAUGGGGAGGAAGCCUUCGUAAUGAGUGCGUCCUUGAGCGAGUUUUCUACAAGUAGCUGCUGCCUUCAGUUACUUAUUCUCACCAUGAAAGUCACAAAUACUAAUCAGCGUGUUGAGCAUUUGCUUUCGCUUGUUUGUGUGAGAGAUUUGGGGCAUAAUUGUAAUAUUUUGAAUAUCAAGUAACUGGUUGUGUUAGUACAUGUAAUUAUUUUGGGAGUGAUAAUACUAAAAAGGUAUUGGAGAUUUUCUUAUUCUUUUGUGUAACAUAAUUUACAUAUAAUUAUAGUAAUUAUAACAUUUUAGCAACAUGUUGUGCAAAUACAUAUUGCAUUCAUGUUUAUUGUUAAUUCAUACCUCUAUUUUUAAAAGUUAUUUGUACAUGUUUACAGAUGAAAUAUACAUUGAAUGAUAUCAA